AUGGCCCAGCCUCGUUACGGUGAAAGACCAUUUUCUUUCCACAACCUUUUCAAGAUGCUUCUUUCACCAAAUGCUUCGAUGAAGGCGGCCCACGAGGAGGCCGACCUUGCCGAAGACGUCGACGAACCCCCCGAUCACCUCACUCACGCCACCCCGUCGAACUCCGAUCAGAUUCGCCUCGGACGCCCAACCGUGGACCGCCAGGAAUCCCUGCUCACCCGUGCCCUAAAGACCAGCCCGGAGAUGUCACCAACUGAUCAGCAUACCUCCCUACACGACUCUUACAUGUACCGAUCCUACCCGCACAGCAACAUCUCCGGUCUUUCGACUGCUGAACUCACCAGUGAUGGUGGACUCACAAGUCCAUCCUUGUCCAACACUCCCAGCCCGCCUCUACCUCCUCAGAUGAUGAGCAAGGCGGCAUUGAUGGGCAAGAAGGAUGUCACACCAAAGGUGAAGGUUGUAGCUGCCGGUGAAAACACCGUCGAGGCCAACCUUGGCCGCAAGCGAUGCAUCAGCUUCGCGUGCGGUCGAAAGACUGAUGAUCAGCAGCCGCUGUCCCCCGUAUCCCCCUCCGGCUCCCAGACUCUCCCUCCCAAGGCCCCAACGUCCAAGGAGAACGUGGAAGAACCUUCCAUCCAGCCUCUUCAGCGCAAGACCACCCUGACUUUUGUAUGCCCUGGGCGGGAGACUGCCACCCAGAGAGAGCGAUCCCCUGCGCGUAAGACGUCCUUCCGCUCCAGAUGCCGUGGAUCCCCAGCGCCUGCUCUUCGCAAACCCUCUCCAGAUGCCAAGACCACUCCCAGGAAAGCCGACGAGGAGGUCGCGCUUCCAUCAACUGCUCCUAAGGGAGUCCCCACCAGUGGCCUGGGAAAGUUCGAGGAAUCUGAAGCUACUCGAUUCCACGAAUUUGCCAGCUCCAUGGACGAGGACGACGAGUGGGUGAACAAGGAGGCCGACUACACCGAAAAGAUCACCUUGAACGACUGCAUGAAGAAGGAGAUGGCAAUUCGACGACUCGGCGAACAGGCCGAAGAAGAGGCAUUGGAGGAAGAAGACGAUGAUUUGGAAGACCUUGCGGACGAUGACUCGACUGUGCACGAUUUUUCAUCCGACGAUGGCAACGAAUCUGACAAUGAGGCUGGCUUUGCGGAAUCGGAUGACAGUGAUGACGAAGGCUCGGACUACGAAUUCUGGGCCCCAUCAUUGGCUAGUCCUGAACCCACAAGCCAACCCAUUGAAAGCCGCCCUGGAAUCGAGCGCCGCGCUUCAAACACCUCUUUUGAAUCGGUGGACGAGCCUACCAAAUGGCUUCCAGCGCCUGUGCACAUGAGCCACCGUCGUGCAUCGAAGGUCUCGACAAGCAUCAGAAUUCGCCCUCGCACGCCAAAUCUUCCAGACAGCACUGAUUUUGUCUGCGGCACACUCGAUGAGGAUCGUCCUCUUGAAGCUGCUUAUAAGUCCUGUCUGGAGCAGAGACGUCUGUCGAAGCAAAUUCCCAUCCCGCAGGACAUCGACCCGAGUUUCCCCACCAGCGACCCCGAGGACGAGGAAGAUCAGGAGACCGAAGAAGAGCUCUCCGACAUUCCUUCUGAACCAAGCCGCGGACGGGCCGAAGGUGACUCCCGCAGACACUCUCCUCGCCACUCCCCCAAACGCCUGAUGUCUCCUCCACCACGCCGAGCUGGACGCACCUCUCCCAAGCGUCUCAAGUCUCCUCCCCCACGCGUGCGAGCCAAGUCACCCAUCCCAUCCAAGUGGCAGUUCACUGAAGAGAUGCCUCUCGUCGAGUCGCCGGAGGGCUUGAACAUCAGCCACCUGGUCCAGCGUCGACCCCUGAUUCGCACCAAGUCUCUCCCUCGCACACCCAACCCAUUCUUCACUGGUCUCGACAAAGACCACCGCUGGAAAAGCAUUCCUGCUUUGUCCGAAUCGCCAGAGCGCGAGCACUCACGCACGCGUGAAAUGCACACCCGAGGCCCCGUCGACAUUGUCGAAGGGCUUGAAAAGAAGCGCCAGAAACGCAAAGAGAAGUUCUGGCGCCAACACUGCCGCAAAGCUGCCAAAGAGCAGUUAGGCAAACGGCCUAUUCCAGGCCAAGGAGCUACUCGGAUGAAGGAGCUUGGCCUCGAAGUUGCUGAGAGGUGCAGAGCUUACGGCGUCGGUCAAGACGCCCAGCUCGUCCUAUCUGUUUAG